CCGAACAGUCCAGGGAGAAGACACGGGUACAGACGUAUAUUAGAGUUGAGGUUAGAAGAAGAAGUUACUGUAUUUGACCACAAGUGUGUUAAGAUGUCAGAGGGAGUCUAUGAAAACUCGAAUGGAUUCAUAGACUAUGAGCCUGAUGCAAUGAAGAACACGGACAUUGAUGGCCAAUUAUAUGGCAACGUAAAAGCCUUCAAGCCCAGUCCAAGAGAUGGAGUUGUUGCUUCAGUUCAUGUUCAGUGGUGGAAGAGACCCUCUGGAGUUGCUGCAGUGUGUCUGGGGCUGCUGUGUGUUCUCCUACUGGCUGGGAUCAUAGGCCUGUCUGUCUACUAUGGAGUCAUUGGUCAUCACGACUCAAUAGAGAGAGAACAGCUACAGGCCAGUUACAGCUUUAUGACUAAAGAGAGAGACAAGCUACAGACCAGUUACAACAACCUGACUGCAGAGAGAGACCAGCUACAGACUGAGAGAGAUUUUCUUAGCAGGAGUCUUACCAAUCUCAAACCAACUUGUCCUGAAGGAUGGCAGAAGUUUGAAUCCAGUUGGUACUUCCUGUCUACUGAGACUAAAACCUGGAAGGAGAGCAGAGAGGACUGUCUGGUUAGAGGAGCAGACCUGGUGAUCAUAAACAGCGAAAACGAACAGGAGUUUGUCUUCAACCUCAGCAAUGGAGUCUGGAUUGGUCUGACUGACUCUGUUACUGAGGGGACCUGGAGAUGGGUGGACGGCACCCCACUGACCACCCCAAGGUACUGGCAUAAACCACAGCCUGAUAAUGGUGGUGGCAAUCCAGAAUAUGGUGAGGAGGACUGUGUUGAGAUACGUAAAGAUCAGCGUCCUCUGGAGGCCUGGAAUGACAAGUCAUGUGACAGGAAACACAACUGGAUUUGUGAGAAAGUGGUUUAACAUCACCAUGACAACAUACUGUAACAAUACAGUAGCCUACAGUGCACACAACUUCCUCCUUCAUUCUCUCU